AUGUCUUUCAUCUGCACAAGGCUGGGCUAUGUGGCCUAUUUGAGCUUGUUGCUCAUUCCUUCGUCCGUAGAAGCCUACGACUGUGCUAUAGCGCCAAUCCAAUUAGGCAUCACGAACACACCAUUGGAUAAUGGCGUGCCGAUGAACAGAGGUAUACAAGUCAAGUUUCCUGGUGACCAGAUUCUUGGUCUGAGGCUUUCAGCUGCAUGGAACAAUACCUUCAUAAGCAACGCAAACAAUUGCCGGCGCGACAAUAGCUCGUACAACAACGCAUGCGUCGGUGCCGUUGGAAGCACUUUUAACCCAGUAUCCAACGAUGGUUGGACGCCUUAUCUCCAAGGUGACUGGGAAGCAAUUGUUGGUCACGUAGACGAUCCACCGGCAGAUGCGAAUGUCAUCGUAGGUGUUGCAUCCGCAGACUUUGACGAUGGUCCAACAAUCGAUUUGCCGAUAGCUGUUUGGAGCAACCCAAAAAUUGAUCCGGUCAGCCAAAAAGGAUCACCACCGUCAAGAAGCGUCCUUGGUAUCGGUCGAAGCUCAGACCUCAUCCAAAGCUUCCUAAACCAGAGCUUUGUACCAUCUGGAUAUAUGGGUCUAUACUUUGGUAGCAGGAGUCUGAACUGUUCGGAGGAUGGAUUGAUUACGAUUGGGGGGUGGGAUCAGUCGCGCGUUGCCGGACCGUUCGUGAAUUACACGAUGAACACAAUCCCAAUGAACUCGACUUGCCCACUACAAGUAUGGGUCUCUGCGAUGAAUUUAAACAAUGACGAGGGCUCACAUCCAUUGAUAACUGGUGGCCAAAAGGUCCCAGCUUGCGUGGAUCCUUUCCAAAGUGCCAUCGGAGUCACCGAUGCUCUGUACGCAAUCUGGGCAAAUGUAACUAGGCAUCCCACGGAACCAGAUGGACCAGCAUUCACUGAUCAAACGUAUCCUCUUGCGAAUGAGCGUCUGAUGGAUACACUAGAUAUAGAGCUCGAAGGAGGCUACAAUACAACCAUUUCUCAUUGCGAGCUUAUUUCGCUACAAAGAGGAGCCAACUUCGAUGACAUCGGUGAAUAUUCUGUUGUGAAUACGUCCAGAAUUCAAGCCAGCGUUUCUUACGGACCGACAGAUCUUGGGGACAAUUUCGGGAUUCUUCUUGGAGGCGUCUUUCUCGCCAGCACAUAUCUACGAAUUGACUACGAAAACAACCAGUUCAGUCUUGCGCCAUCAGUUGUCGGCGGAAGCCCGUCGCCCAACGUGCAAAAGGUAUGCUCAAAAGACAUAAGCCUACCGUCAAAGACGAACAAGACAGUCCCUGAGGCCUCCUCUUCCGCGGAGUCUGGCAACGUCGCCACUGGCUUAUCCGCGGAUACUAAGGCAACAAUUGGAGGAAGCGUUGCCGGGGGUGUUAUUGGCUUGAUGGGUGUAGUCAUUACGUACUUGGCGUACAAGCACUCCAAGAAAGUAGAAAAACACCGGCGAGAAAGUGAAGCCGAGAUGAAAAGGAUACAAACUAUGUCUACAUAUGUCGGAACUUCUCCUGUUCCGAAGCCUGAAGAUGCUUCAUCACCUACUCACAGUGGUCUGGGAACGGGAACUUCGAUUCUUGCUUCCGAAGAAUUACCUAAACCUGCAUUGGAGAGCGCAUGA